AUGGCAGCAUGUGAAGACGCAGCAACAUGGACCGGGCCCCCGUGCUUCGUUGUUGCAGGAGUGCACAGCGGUGUCGGCAAAACUUCCGUGGCUGUGGGUCUGAUGGUCGCGCUCCGUCGGCGAGGCCUUCGUGUACAGCCCUUCAAGGUGGGACCGGAUUUUUUAGACCCCAUGCACCACAUGGCUGCUUGCGGCGUGCCGUCGGUCAACUUGGAUGGGUGGAUGUUGGGCAGGAGCGGAUGCCAGGAGUCCUUUCAAUCGGCAUGUAGACGCAGCCAUGCAGAUGUAGCUGUUGUGGAAGGGGUCAUGGGCUUGCACGACGGCUUGGACGGCCGCAGCGACGCAGGCAGCACCGCGGAGCUGGCCAAGUGGCUCCAGGCGCCGGUUGUUUUGGUGGUGGACGCGUGGUGCCUUUCUCGCAGUGCAGCCGCGAUGGUUCUGGGCUACACCGUCUUUGACCCUGAGGUUGCCGUCAAGGGUGUGGUGUUCAACCGCGUCGCGAGUGAUUCUCAUGCCGAGUGGUUGCGAGAGGCAAUGCGCUCGACCCCAGCAGUGUCGCACGUGUCCCUCUUGGGUUGUCUGCCGCAAGACGCAAGCGUUCAUGUUGCAGAGCGACAUCUGGGUCUGUGCAUGCCUGGCCAGGGUAAGGACGCUCCUCAUCUCGAGGCACUGGGCACUCUCGUGAGCAAGAACAUGGACAUUGACGCUCUCCUUGGCCUAGCGCAGAAGAGCCUGCCAGAGAAAUUGGUCUGUUCAGGCCCGGCUAGCAGCUUGCAAUCCAGCCAGCCCUGUAUGCCCGUACGCAUUGGAAUUGCCAAGGACGAGGCUUUCUGCUUUUACUAUGAGGACAAUCUUUGGCUUCUGGAAGCGGCUGGGGCAGAGCUCGUGACAUUCUCUCCGCUUGCAGAUCCCACGCUGCCAGCAGACCUGCAGGCACUCUACUUCGGAGGUGGAUAUCCAGAACUACAUGGUGCAAAACUGGAAGGCAACGCCAGCUUCCGCAACUCUGUUCGUGACUUCUGUAAAAGAGGCGGUCUUUGCUGGGCAGAGUGUGGAGGUCUGAUGUACCUUGCGCAGACCAUGACGGUGCGUGCCAAGGACAACCCAGGGGCCUCUACUCGCCGAUUUCAGAUGGCUGGAGUAUUGCCAUUUGACGUCUCAAUGACGGACCGCAUGGUGAUGGGCUACUGCACGUCACGGCCUGCCCCUGCAGUUGCCUCGCUGCUACGAAUAUCGAGACACGCGGAGCUCAGGUGCCAGCAAUAUCAUUUCUCAGAGGUGACUUUGAACGGAGAGCCAGCUGAGCUGGUUGAUUCGGAUGGCCGCAGUAUGGGCUUGCGAGGGGUUGGUCUGGCUGCUUACGAAACCCGCAUGGAGCGCCCAGGUGCUGAGUUUGUUCCAGAGGGCAUCUUCUGCCACUCCACAGUGGCUUCUUAUUGUCACGUCCACUUCCGAGCUGCCUCAGGCUUGGCAGAGGCCUUGGUGGCCGCGGCGCGACGCUGCUUGACGGUCGUGUCUCUCCUACCAAGUGGCACAGAAGCUUUGUGUUCUAUUCCUGGUGCCUCCGAGCGUUUGGUGGCUGCCAGCUCGCACUGCGACUUUCCCCCGCAGGUCCUCCGCCUGCGUAGAGCCACGCGCAGCCUCAUCCAGGUCGAGGGGCGGAGCUCUGCAGAGGUGGAAGAGCAGGUGCAGAAGCUGCUAGCAGACGGCGUCACCGACUUCCAUCCCAUCGAUGUGGACUGGCUUCGUUCUGCGCGCCCAGGCGUGGUGCUCUCACAGGAGAGCUGCCCUACCUGCGAUGCCAGCGCCACGGCCUUGGGUCGCGCCUUGUCAGCUGCUGGCCUCGAGGCACGGAGGUCAAUUGCUGUGGGCGCCACCACAGUUGACGAGAUUCUUGGCACCAUCGAGACGAUUGGCCAUGUCAUUGGAGAGCCUAAGGCUGCAUCUUCGGUGAAGAAAGAACUUCAACACCGCUUGGACUGCGUGAGGCAGGUAGUCCGGGGUUUGGGCACUCCUCGAGUACUGGGCUUGGAGAGCGUUUGCCCCCUCGUGGCCUCUGGACAGUGGUUGCCAGACAUGCGGCAACGCGCAGGCGGAACAGAUGCCCUUGGGGAUAUACCGGGUGCAAAGCCUCGGCGACUGUGCUGGGAUGAGGUUGCAAACUGCCAUGCUGACGUAAUCAUCGUGUCUUGCUGCGGGCGGAGUGCCGCCGAAGCAGCGGAGGAUGUUGUCACUCACUUAGUGUCUCAGCCCGGCUUCUGGCAACUGCCUGCCAUGAGGCACAACCCUGCUAGGUUUUAUGUUGUUGGGCAUGCACUGUUCUCACGCCCAGGGCCACGGAUCAUUGAUGGCAUUGAGCAGUUGGCGUGUUUGAUGCACCCGGGCUGUUUGCCCCUUCGCCACGCUCGGGAUGCAUUGCAGCUUCAGGGAGGUAGUGACUCUGCGGAGUGGUUGGCUGUUUGCCCGGACUUUGCCCAGGAGGCUUCGCAGCUUUCUGCCACCGUUGCAAGCUGGCGGAGAGUAGACGGUUACGGGGAAGGAGGUGUGCCGGCCUCUGCGGCACACGCAGUGGUUUCUGGGAUGCUUGAAGACGAGCUUGUGCUGCCCCAGCUUUCUGGGGCACGCCCAUGUGAUGUGUGGCGCGGCAGGGUCUCGUUCGGUGCUCAGGUAACUUGGCAGCGGGAGGUUUGUUCCAAAGUGAGCGGCGAGAGGGUGCCAACACCGCGAGCUCGUCAUGCUGCAGCUCGAUGGGGCAACAUCCUCUUGGUGUUUGGGGGUGAGUCUGUGGGAGGGCGUAGGGUCCUCUCACAGCUGGAGCUCUUGCAUUUGGAGACGCUUUGCUGGACCCAUGCAAGCACCACCGGACCGGAGCCAGAGCCCCGCAAAGAUGCCAGUCUCGUCAUUGAUGAGGUUGGAUCCCGUGCGGUGCUCUUUGGAGGUUCAGAUGGCGAAGAUGGGUACUUCGGAGAAGUGCAUGUUCUGGAUCUUGUGGCUUGGCGAUGGGAGCAACUCGAGCAUCGACCAGGUCCCAGUCCGCGAAUGCGUCACGUGGCUUGCACAUGGGGCUCCGAGGGAAUGCUGGUGCACGGGGGCUUCGGAGCGAGUGGUGAGCUGGGAGAUUUGUGGCUUCUGCACUGGAGAAGAAAGCCCGUUCACUCUUGGAUUUGGGAGAAGCUCCCUGAUAACGACACUGUCAUUGGUCCUCGUUUUGGUCACGCAGCUGCUGUGGUGGGGGAUGCAUUUAUAGUCACUGGUGGGCAUGCCGAAGACAGCAGUCUGGCAGAGGCGGGUAUUUUCCUUCUUCGCACUCGCGAGUGGUUGUCUUUGCCAAAGCUCGGCCGGCCAGUGUGUGGGCAUGGAUUGGUGGUGCUAGGCAGUGGCAUUCUCGCUUGGUCGAACUUGGACACAGAUGAUGCGGGCGGGAAUAUCUGCGGGUGGCUGCUACCGCACAGUAAGCUGUGGGCGUCAGCCAUGGGCAAAGUCGAGAGCUCCUACGCAGCAUGCGUAGCCACUCCCUCUUCAUGUAACAACGCAGGAGUUCCCGCNNCGCGGAGCCCUUGUCCCUGGAAGAAGUGA